AUGAGGAGCCCCGAGGACCUGGAGGGCUUCGACGGCGAGGCGUCCAGCACCUCCAUGAUCUCCGGCGCCAGCAGCCCCUACCAGCCCACCACCGAGCCCGUCAGCCAGCGCCACGGGCUGCGCGGCCUCCGCUGCGACCGCGACUACCUGCGCGGGCCCGUCGGCCGCCUCAAGAUCGCCCAGGUGGUUUUGGCUUUGAUUUCCUUCAUCUGCAUAGAGACCAUCAUGGAGUGUUCUCCUUGUGAAGGACUUUAUUUUUUUGAAUUUGUCAGCUGUAGCGCAUCGGUAGUUACUGGAGUUCUAUUGCUUAUGUUCAGCCUAAAUCUCCACUCAAGAAUACCACAGAUCAACUGGAACACUACAGAUUUGGUCAAUACUGGAAUCUGCACUUUCUUCUUCUUGAUUGCGUCGAUAGUACUUGCAGCUUUAAACCAUAAAAAAGGUGCAGAAAUUGCAGCGGUGAUAUUUGGUUUUUUGGCAACCGUAGCCUAUGCUGUGAAUUCAUUUUUAGCAGUUAAAAAUUGGAGAAACACCAAUAGACAGCAAAACACGCGACAGACCAGUGAUUAUAUACGUGCUCGGACAGAAUCCAGAGAAGUAGAUAACCGUCCAGAGAUUCAACGUCUGGAUGGGUGAAAAACGGGAA